AUGUUACCAACAAGUCAAACAUCAACACGAACUUUAAUACCAAUCAAUGUUGAAACAUUAGUUGGAACAUCAUUUGAAUUACUUGUAUCACCUUAUGAACAAAUUCAAUCUAUAAAACGUAAAAUUGAACGACGUGAAGGUAUACCAAGUUUACAACAACAUUUGGUAUUUAAAACUGAUGAACUUGAAGAUGAAUCAUGUUUAAAUGAUUAUAAUAUUGAAGCUGGUACAACAAUAAAACUUGUUUUGGAUAUGCGUGGUGGACCUGUUAAUACAAAACGUGUAUUAAUUGAAGAUAAUUUAAUAAGAGAUAUGUCAGAAUAUAUUGAAAAUAGUCAAGAUGAUUAUGGAAUUAGUAAUGAUUUAUUACCAUCGUCAUCAUCGUCGUCAUCAAAUAAAAAUGUUACAUUUCUUGUUUUACGUGAUGGUGAUCAAUUUAAUUUUUUUCAAGUUCUUGAUAGAGGCGAUGGAACCCUCUCACCUUUAUCUGGUUCAAUAAGUGCUGGAUCAAUGUAUAAUACUCAUGAUCCAAUAAUAGUUGAAUCUGAACGUAAAUAUGAUGAAAAAAGACAAGACGAUGAUCGUAAAACAAAACAAAAAAUGGAAUUAAUUCGUUCAAAACUAAAAACACAUGCAAGAAAAGUAACAUAA